AUUGACCAUAUGGAAUAAACAAAUAUAUCAGCUGUACAUCAAAUACACAAAGGCUUAGAAAAAAAUAUAUAUAUUACAAAGUAUCUGCUGGCUCUAAAGCAAUGAUUCUUUCUAGGCUAAAAGGAGGGACCUUUUUAACAGAGGGUUCUGGUGCCAACAGAACAAUUCCGACCCUCGAUCAAUUCUUGGUGAGUAGGGACUACAUGGGAGCGAUCACAUUUUUGGAGUUUGAGCAAAGUACAGGCAGAUCGACUGACAUGACCGACCGAUGGCUUGGCUACUGUGCGUUUCACCUUGGUGACUAUAAAAGAGCAAUGCAAAUAUAUGAAGCGAUGUCCCAGCUUCCGAAUCCGCCUAACGACACACUUGUGAAUCUCGCUUGCUGCUAUUUUUUCCUCGGGCUGUACCAGCAGGCUGACACACUUUUAGAAAAGGUACCAGACUGUCCGUUAAAGGUAAGACUACAGUUUCAUCUCUGCCACAAACUAGGCAAUGAAGUACGACUCAUUGAAAACCAUAAAAAACUUGAAAACACCAUUGAAGACAGUCUUUCACUUGCUGCACUUCAUUACCUUCGUUCACACCAUAAAGAAGCUAUAGAUAUCUAUAAGAAAAUUCUUCUGGACAAAAGGGAACUUUUAGCAUUAAAUGUCUAUGCUGCGCUUUGCUAUUACAAGCUGGAUUAUUAUGACGUCUCUCAAGAAUUAUUAGGAACAUAUUUGCAAAAAUAUCCAGAUUCUGCUAUUGCUUUGAAUUUAAAAGCUUGCAAUUAUUUCAAAUUGGAAAAUGGAAAAGCUGCUGAAAACGAGAUUAAAACUCUACUGGACUUGAACACAUCUUUUGCAUUUGGGCACGACUUGAUUAGGCACAAUUUGGUAGUUUUUCGAGGUGGUGUCGGAGCAUUGCAGGUACUUCCACCACUUGUUGACAUCAUACCAGAAGCAAGGCUCAAUCUUGUCAUAUACUACUUCAAACAGGGAGAGUUUAUCGAUGCAUACGACUUGGUUAAAAAUUUAGAGCCUUCUGAGCCCCAUGAGUACAUUCUAAAAGGGAUUGUCAAUGUUGCAGUCGGGCAGGAAACUAAUUCAAGAGAACAUCUAAAAGUGGCCGAACAGUAUUUCCUUUUGGUAGGCAACAGCGAAACAGAAUGCGACACCAUACCUGGAAGACAGUGCAUGGCAUCGUUGUACUUCUUGCAAAAACAAUUUGAAGAUGUUAAUGUUUACUUGACAUCAAUCAGAAGCUAUUUUUUGAACGAUGACAAUUUCAAUUUUAAUUAUGCCCAGGCAAAAUCAGCUCUUGAAAAUUAUAAAGAAGCUGAAGAGAUCUUUUUGUUGAUUCAAAAUGAAAAAAUUGUAAAUGAUUACAUUUACAUUACACAUUUAGCCAGGGCUUAUAUAAUGAACGGUAAACCCCAGCAGGCCUGGGAACUUUACUUAAAAAUGGAUUCGUCACCGGAUUCAUUCAACUUGCUCUUGCUUAUUGCAAACGAUUGUUACCGAAUGGGUCAUUUUUAUCAUUCUGCCAAAGCAUUUGACCUUCUUGAAAGACUCGAUCCAAAUCCUGAAUACUGGGAGGGGAAAAGAGGAGCGUGUGUUGGUGCAUUUCAAAUGAUCAUAGCCAAUAAAAGUUCAAGUGAUUUACUACCUAACAUUAUACAGCUGUUGAAGGGGUCCACCAAUCCUCAAGUUGAAUCCAUAACUAAGAUAAUGAAGCGGUGGGCAAAGGAACAAAAAAUUAACAUCUAAUAAAAUUACAGAUGUAUAAACUA